GGCCGCGGUGCAGCGGGGCGGCCGGGCCGCUGGCUGCAGGAGGCGGCCGCUGCUGCCGCGGCCACAGUGCGAGUGGCGGGGCUUCGAGCCGCUCGGCCCUUUCGGCACGGCGCAGCCCGCCGCCCCGGGGCGCCGCCGCGGGCACGCCAGCGGCCGCGGCGAACCCAGCACGGCCCCAGGCGACCUGGGCGCGCUGCUCGCCGGCGGGGAGGGCCGACGGUUCGUGUUCGUGGGCGGCAAGGGCGGCGUGGGCAAGACUACCACUGCCGCCGCACUAGCGGUGCGACUGGCAAGGUCUGGUCACAAGACGCUCGUCGUCUCGACCGACCCAGCGCACUCGCUCGGGGACGCGCUGGCCGUAGAGCUGGGCGGCGAGCCGUGCCAGGUGCCGCUGUCCGGAGCCGACGGGGGCGGUUCGCUCUACGGGAUGGAGAUCGACCCGCACGAGGUGGUGGAGGAGUUCCGGAAGGCCCUGAAGCUCGACCACCUGCGGGAGGCUCUCCGGCGGGAGCCAGGCGGCCUGGGCGCGGGGCUCCUGCGGGUGCUGUCGCAGGCGGGGAUCGACCUCGAGGGCCCAUCUGAGGCGUUGACCGCGGCCGUCGGCAUCGGCCCGAACGAGGAAAUGGCACUGUCCGCGACGCUCGAGAUGUCCCCGCCCGGCAUCGACGAGGCGGUGGCGCUCGCCAAGCUGAUGCACCUCCUCGGCGAGUCCGACAUGUCCAGCUUCGACCGAAUCGUGAUCGACACCGCUCCGACAGGACACACUCUGCGGCUGCUGUCCUUCCCACAGUUUCUGCACGGGCUGAUCGGGCUCCUCCUGUCCUUGAACGAGAAGGUGUUGGGAUCCAAUCCGCUUGGACGUAUUCUAGGCUCCGUCAUAGGCGACGACUUCCAGCGGCAGCUCGAGGUUAGCAAAGCCAAUCUGGAGCGCUUUAUGGUGGCCAUGGCUUCCUUGAGCGAGGUGUUCGAAGAUUCGGAGACGACGAGCUUUAUCGUCGUGUCCAUCCCCACGCACUUGGCAGUGGCAGAGUCGCUCAGAUUGUUGCGUGCGCUUGAGCAGGCGCACAUGCCCGUGCGCCACCUCGUGGUCAACAAGUGCUCCUUCCUCGGGGUCGGGGCCGCCGCGGGUACGGACGACGCCAGCCUGGCGCAGAUGGCAUCGCAGAAGCUGUCGCGCGCGGACGCCAAGAAGCUUGAGGAGCUCUGCGGCGCGCCCGCGGCCGAGCUGGACGCCCUGCACCGGCUGGUCGGCCGACUGGAGCGCCAGCACGCGGAUGCCCGGAAGCAGCUCGCCAUUCUGGAGGACGAGGUUGGCCCAGGGGUUCAGAUUCUGCGGGUGCCCGUCUUCGACGAGGAGCUCACGGGCGUCGCUGCUCUCGACAGGUAUGCCGCGGCCCUCGGUCAGGCGGGCGGCCCCAGCGCGGCGCCCUGA